AUGGCUUCAACAGCAGAUAAAACAGAGAAAGAUUUGAAAUACUUUCAAAGACUCAAAGAUAAAUUUCAGAAGAGACCUACACUGGACAGAAUGUUCGCUUCGACGUCACAAAGAAAUGAUGAUGGUUUGCGGGCGCCUUACAAUACCUCGUUACUUAACGCAAAAUCCGGAAAAUCGCAUACUAUCGGAGAGAAGUUAAUUUUGCCACCCGUUGAAGAGGUUUCAAAAACUGUUUUACACAAACCUGCAUCUGAUAUCAUUAAAAGAAUUCCCUUAAGCAACAAUACUGUUUAAAGACGUAUUGAUGAAAUGAGUUCUGAUAUUGAAAGCUUCUUAUGUAAUUAUUUGCAAACGACCCAUUUCUCUAUACAACUGAACGAGUCAACUUUACCUGAUAAUGCAGCAUUAUUAUUGGCAUAUGUUCGUUUUAUUAUGAAUCAAGAAAUCUACGAAGAACUGCUCUUCGCAAGAACUUUGAUAACCGACACUAAAGGUGAAUCAAUAUUUCAUGUUUUGAAGGAUUACUUCAUUGAAAAAGCAAUUCCUUUAUCAAAUAUAAUAUCAGUAGCUACAGAUGGAGCACCUGCCAUGGUUGGACUUUAUCGUGGAUUUAUAAGCUAUUUAAAACAAAAUGUGUCAGGGGUGUUAGCAAUACAUUGCGUCAUCGAUCGACAACAUUUAGUUGCUAAAAAUUUGAGUGUUAGAUUGCAUGAAUCAC